GUGUGCAGAAAAUUGCUCAUCACAUGAGAACACUGCAUAAAACGCGAAUCCUUAAAAUAGACCAGGAGAAGAAAAACCAAGAGAGUCGUGCGUAACAGGAAAUAAGAUUUUUGAGUAUAUACGUCUCGUAGUUUCUGCCGUGUAUUUCCUUUUUUUAAUUGAUGUCAGAAAAGGGAAGACAAAAGUAAAACAAGAAGGACGAUCCUGACAGCAAGAGGCGCACGCGAAAGAAAUAUGACUUCGUACCCUGCAAUGCAACCACCGCCUUAUUCGCCUAUGCAGCCCAUUGCAACUGCACCCGUACCCGGUGCAUUUCCGAUGCCACAGCCUGGUAUGCCGAUGAUGAUGCAAGGUGGUUGGUUACCGCCGAAUACGACUUGUCCACCCGGCUUGGAAUACCUUAUGGUCCUUGAUCAUUUGUUUGUGAACCAAAAGGUAGAACUGAUCGAAGCCUUUGUCGGAUUUGAAACCAAAAACAAAUACAGCGUGGUGAAUAUACGGGGAGAGCCAGUGUUUUACGUCGCUGAACAAUCAGGAAUAUGUGCACGUUUAUGCCUGGGCUCUUACCGUAGCUGCGAGUUCCAAGUGAUCGACAGCGGCCGAAGAGAAAUACUGCGUAUGGUCCGUCCCUGCAGGUGCGAAAGUUGUUGCUGCCCUUGCUGUUUGCAGGAGCUAGAAGUAUAUUCCGGCGAUACGUUGCUUGGCUCGGUGUCGCAAGACUGGAGCCUUUGGCGGCCUUCAUUCUCGAUUCGCAACGCGUCCGGAGAAACUGUUUUAAUUAUAAAAGGACCGUGGUUUCGAUUUUGCGUAGACGUAACGUUCAAGGUAAAGUCUGCAGACGGUCAACACAGAGUUGGAGUAAUCAAGAAGGAAUGGGGCGGAAUCGGUAGAGAAAUGUUCACGGAUGCUGACAAAUUUGGCAUAAGCUUUCCAGUGGACUUGGACGUUAAGAUAAAGGCAGUGUUGCUCGGCGCCUGUCUUCUGAUUGAUUUCAUGUACUUCGAACAAAAGGCCUCGAGCGAGAUCUAAUUUUUCCUACGGGAAAUGUUUCCUAUCGAUCUAUAAAUGCGAAUACGAAGAAGCACGGCAUUGCGCGUUUUCCACUUCCUUGCUGUUCUAGCUGAUGUGAUCUAUUUUUUUAUAUUUAAAACGGAUGGAAUAUCUCAUUGUAUUUUUACAAAUAAUUUGUGAUUAACACGUAAUAGUUCUUAAUAGAGGAUGAUCACAGUCACUUCUAUAUACGUAUUUCUAAUUUCUACAAACGUUAUGCUAAAAUUUCGUACAAUAUUUUUAUAAUUAUAUUUAUAACGAUUAACUCGCCAAUGCACGCGAAAUUUUUUAUAGAUCUGACAUGUACACAGUAUCGAUUGUAAUUUGUUAUUUCUGCAUUUAACUGUUGAAGUAACAUUAUAUAAAAGAUAUAUGUUCCUCCAGCGCUGUAUAUUUUACACUGUACCUCAAGUAUGUUUAAAAUUUAAAUUGUAUAUAAUAAUGUACAAUUGCUCGUGUUCAGGUUUUCUCGUACAAAUGUGGUUUUCUACUAUCCUGAAAAGACUGACAUACUUCAAGUGUCAUAGCCAUGAAGCACUGUAUUUAUAAGUGUUCGAAUUGUUUUGCUAUGUAAUUAAUGUAAUUGUAUGUAUAUUAAUUAUUUUAAGCGUGCUCUGAAUAUUGAUCUUGUAUUGCUUGCAGCUAUACCUAUUUUAUCAAUAUAUAUUGUAAAUAAUCCCUUCCUGAUAUUUUUGUGAAUUUUAUAAAGGGCAUUAAUGAUUAUAAAGACCACUAUUUAUUCCAUAUGUAACGAAAAAGAUAAA